AUGGAGUGGAAAUACAUGUUUAUUUGGGUUGAUGUGGCCCUGAGUGGAGUUGCCACACAGUCGUCAGUCUUGAACAACUCCUGCCCACCGAGCUUUGUGAUUAAUGGAGAACCUAAUGCACACAAUGACUCUCGAAGCUGUAGUGCCACUCUGUUCGAGACCAACCCCUGGUGGAGGUUGGACAUGCGAGGUCCUUAUGCAGUUGCAUCAGUUGAAGUCAUCCGGAGAUCGGACUGCUGUACUGAUGAGAUAGAUGGGGCUGAAAUCCGCAUUGGUGACUCAGUAGAGAACAAUGGCAACAACAAUCCCAGGUGUGCAGUCAUCACCAUAAACGAUUCCCCUUACAUGACCUUCAACUGCAACAAGAUGAAAGGACGUUACAUCAACAUAUACCUCCCCGGAGAAGUGAAGAGACUUCACCUUUGUGAGGUCAAAGUGUAUGCUAAUGCCCUUGUCAGCGGAGGUAACGUAACACUGAGCAAGGACAUCUGA